AUGGUUCGUGGCAACGAGAAAUCUGCCUCCGAGAGGUACCAGAAGAUUUCUCAGCUCGAGCAUAUCUUGAAGAGACCGGAUACUUAUAUUGGAUCUGUUGAAAUCCAAGAGCAGCACCAAUGGAUCUUCGAUGAUGAGAUAGACUGUAUGGUUGAGAAGCAGGUCAGUAUAGUGCCUGGGUUGUUUAAAAUCUUUGACGAGAUUCUUGUCAAUGCCGCUGAUAACAAGGUAAGAGACCCCACAAUGAAGAGGAUCGAUGUUUCCAUCAUACCGGAGGAGAAUCUGAUCGAAGUGAAAAACGACGGUAAGGGUAUCCCCAUUGAGAUUCAUAGCAAGGAGAAAGUAUACAUCCCUGAAUUGAUUUUUGGUCAAUUGCUGACAUCUUCUAACUACGACGAUGACGAGAAAAAAGUCACCGGUGGUAGAAACGGAUACGGUGCCAAGCUUUGUAACAUUUUCUCUACGGAGUUUAUUCUCGAGACUGCAGACCCAAAAGCAGGGAAGAAGUACAUUCAAAAAUGGGAAAAUAACAUGACUACAUGCCACCCACCUGAAAUCACAUCCUACAAAAAGGUCUCCUCGUACACGAAAAUCUCAUUCAAGCCUGAUCUGUCCAGAUUUGGCAUGGAGAACCUCGAUAGUGAUAUCUUGGGUGUUAUGCGUCGUCGUGUAUACGAUAUCAACGGGUCAGUCGCUGACGUCAACGUUUAUCUGAACGGGAAGUUCUUGAAGAUAAAAAAUUUCAAAAACUACGUCGAGCUGUACCUUAAAUCCCUCGAGAAAAAGAGACAACUGGACAGCGGUCAAGAGGUGGAAACGGACGCCAAGAUUCCUACCAUUUUAUACGAGAAAAUCAGUAAUCGUUGGGAAAUAGCAUUUGCAGUUUCAGAUAUUUCGUUCCAGCAAAUAUCGUUUGUUAACUCUAUCGCAACGACCACUGGUGGGACCCAUGUUAACUAUAUUGUGGAUCAGAUUGUUAGGAAAGUCUCCGAUAUGUUGAAAAAGAGGAAAAAGAAUAUCAAACCGUUCCAAAUAAAAAAUAACAUGUUCAUUUUCAUUAACUGUCUCAUUGAAAACCCUGCCUUCACCUCACAGACAAAGGAACAAUUGACCACGAGAAUAAAAGAUUUUGGCUCCCGGUGCGAAAUACCUGGCGAUUUCGUUAACAAAAUCAUGAAAACAGACCUAGCAACCAAAAUUUUUGAAAUUGCCGAUGAAAACGCCCACAACCAACUUAAAAAAUCUGAUGGUACCAGGAAAAGUAGGAUUACAGAGUACCCAAAGUUGGAGGAUGCAAAUAAAGCUGGGACAAAGGACAGUUAUAAAUGUACUUUGAUUUUGACAGAGGGUGAUUCUGCCUUGUCGCUUGCCGUGGCAGGGCUGGCUGUUGUAGGUAGGGAUUUUUACGGUUGUUAUCCGCUACGUGGUAAGAUCCUGAAUGUUAGAGAGGCCAGUGCUGACCAGAUUUUGAAAAACGCAGAAAUUCAAGCAAUCAAAAAGAUUAUGGGGCUGCAGCAUAGGAAAAAUUACGAGGAUACGAAGACUCUGCGUUACGGUCAUCUAAUGAUCAUGACAGAUCAAGAUCACGACGGUUCCCAUAUAAAGGGGCUGAUUAUCAAUUUCUUGGAAAGUUCCUUCCCAGGUCUUUUGGAUAUUCCAGGCUUUCUGGUGGAAUUUAUCACACCAAUUGUGAAGGUAACAAUUACCAAACCAAGAAAACAAGUCAUUGCCUUUUACAAUAUACCGGACUACGAGAAGUGGAGACUUGAGGAGGCGCAUAAAUUCACUUGGAAACAGAAGUACUAUAAGGGGUUGGGUACGUCGUCAAGUCAGGAAGUCCGUGAAUAUUUUUCUGAUUUAGACAAGCAUUUGAAGACAUUCCACCAAUUACAGGGCAACGACAAAGACUUAAUUGAACUGGCAUUUUCAAAGAAGAAGGCAGAUGAUAGAAAGGAAUGGCUGAGGCAGUACGAACCAGGUACCGUCUUGGACCCAAAAAUAUCUGACAUUCCCAUCAGUGACUUCAUCAAUAAGGAGCUGAUUCUCUUCUCUUUGGCGGAUAACAUCAGGUCCAUCCCUAGUGUGCUAGACGGUUUCAAACCGGGCCAAAGAAAGGUUCUGUUUGCUACCUUUAAGAGAAAUCUUAGGUCUGAAAUCAAAGUCGCCCAGUUGGCUCCCUCUGUGGCCCAGUUUACUGCAUACCAUCAUGCGGAAGAGAGUUUGGCCCAAACCAUCAUUGGUAUGGCCCAGAACUUUGUUGGUUCCAAUAACAUCUACCUACUGAUGCCAAAUGGUGCAUUUGGUACAAGAGCUACCGGUGGUAAAGAUGCUGCCGCAACGAGAUACAUCUUUACAGAGUUAAACAAGCUAACCAGAAAGAUUUUUCACCCAUCUGAUGACCCAUUGUAUUCCUAUGUACAAGAUGAUGAAAUGACAGUGGAACCAGAAUGGUAUUUGCCCGUCAUCCCAAUGCUUCUGGUAAACGGGGGUGAAGGUAUUGGGACUGGGUGGAGUACUAACAUUCCACCUUUCAAUCCCUUGGACAUCGUGAAAAAUAUCGGGCAUUUGAUGAACGGUGAAGAUCUCGAAGAGAUGCAUCCAUGGUACAGAGGUUGGACUGGUUCCUUAGAGAAAACUGAACCUCAAAGAUACAGAAUGUACGGUAGAAUUGAACAAACUGGCCCUUGUACUUUGGAGAUCACUGAACUGCCAGCCAAAACUUGGACUACUACAAUCAAGGAACAUUUGUUAUUGGGGCUAAGUGGCAAUGAAAGAACGAAGGCAUGGAUCAAGGACAUGGAAGAACAACAUACCAAUAAUAUCAGGUUCAUUGUCACACUGACUCCUGAAGAGAUGACAAAAACCAGAAAGAUUGGGUUUUACGAGCGUUUCAAAUUGAUAUCUCCUAUAAGUUUACAGAAUAUGGUAGCUUUUGAUCCUCGGGGUAAGAUCAGAAAAUAUGACAAUGUUAAUGAAAUACUGAGUGAGUUCUAUUAUGUUAGAUUGGAGUACUACCAAAAGAGAAAGGAUUAUAUGAGCGAAAGGUUACAGUGGGAAGUUGAAAAGUAUUCUUUCCAGGUCAAAUUCAUCAAAAUGAUCAUAGAAAAUGAAUUGAAGGUGACCAACAAGCCACGUAAAGAAAUCAUCAAGGAAUUGACGGAGUUAGGGUUUCCGAGAAUUAAUAAAUUGGGUAAACCGCAUUAUGGUACAACUGACGAAGAAACCAGUAGAGCAAUCGAGGAAGCUACCGAGGAGGAGGAAAACAUGGCAGACGAGGAUCUUGUCACUGAGGACGGAACUGAGGAAAUAAAUGGCCCUGAGGAUGAAUUUGGGACCUUCGAGUACUUGUUAGGUAUGCGUAUUUGGUCGUUGACAAAAGAAAGAUACAACAGGUUGCUAAAACAAAAACAAGAAAAAGAGGUCGAAUUGGAGGCCCUUCUAAAACUUUCUGCCAAGGACAUAUGGAAUACCGAUUUGGAGGAAUUCUCGAAGGGGUAUGAAGAGUUUUUGAAGCUAGAUGAAGAGCUACGUAAUGGUGAUAUUCCUAGCAAGGGCACGAAAAUCAAGGGUAAGCGUAAGAGGAAGGGUGAUGAUGAUGACUAUGAUGCCUCUGGUAAGAAGCGUGUUGCGCGGAAGACAGUCAAGAAGAUAAAAUACGAGGAAACUGAUUAUGAGAGAAAACUACUCGAACCCAAGGCCAUUACCAAGCCGAAGAGGGUUACCAAAAUUAAAACAGAGCCAAAAAGCUCUACAACAGCCUCACCAACUCCGGAUAAGACACUAAUAAAAACAGAGCAAGCGUCUGAACCUUCUAAUAGCUCAUCGACGUUAUUUGAUCAAGUUGUGAAGAAAGGUGACACGGAUGAAGAAGAAGAGAAGGAAGAAAACGACGACGAUGAAAAGAGUUUGAGUGCAUUCUCCAACAAAUUCAAAAAAAUCAAUCAAGCCUUCAACAAUGGCGAGGAAUCUGCUUCGGCGCCUACAUCUGCAUCAAGUUCUGAAGUCAAAAAAUCGCCUGCGCCCAAGGCAAAACCAAGAGCCAAACAAAAGGCGGAGGCGGUUGAGUUAAGUGACGAAAGCGAUCCUGAUUCUUUUAUUGAAGAAGAUGCCAAAGAUGAUGAUGAGGACGAUGAUGACGAGGAAGUCAUCCCACAACCGCGGAAGCGUAGCUCAAGGGUUUUUGCUCGUCCUGUAAAAUCUUACAGCGAAACGGUUGAACUGUCCGAUGACAGCUUCAUCGAAGACGACGACGAAGACGACGACAACUCUGACGCAUCAUUUGGUGGAGAUUCAGACUAA